CGUAGGACUGCGGGAUGCGGAGGACAUGUCCCUUCUGCACACUCAUCGACUGCAGAACAGCACAGUCACACCCAAGGACCUCUGGGUCACAGAUGUGGUGCUGAUGCAAAACGUGGACAAGUCUCAGAUAGCUGUGGCUUUCACAAGUAAAGAGGUGUGUUUCUAUGACUUCGUGUGUGAAAAGACCUUCAGCUGCAAGUGUAAACUCCAGGGCUUGAACUUUACUCCUUGGUGUCUAGACUACUGGGUAGAUCCCUGUAACCCUGAUCAGGCUGUUCUCACUAUAGGAGACAUUGGAGGACGGGUCAGUGCUUUAUAUUUCACCUCAGCCCAGAUCUUCCUGUUUGAGAGAUUCAGUCUGAGGACAGACUCUGACUCAGCAGACAUCAUCCUUUGGGAUGAUCUGGCCAAAGGCAAGCAUCGCUCCUGUUACACCGUGACACACCAAGCACACGCGCCUGGCUGGGUUAGAAAAGUGCGCUACCUGGGCUCACUUGAGGCCUUUGUGUCGUGCAGCAUCGCACCGCAGAGCAGCAUCGUGAUUGGCUGGAGGGAAAAGGAAAGCACGAGCCUACGAAUCACUUCUUACUCUACAAAGGACGGUGUGUGGGACGUCGACUUCCAUAUUGGACUCGGCCUGUUAGCCACAGCAGGUGUGGAUCAUCACGUCUUGCUGUGGAAUCCUUACGUGACCUCUGAGCCGGCGUGCGCCCUUGGUGGACACACAAGCCCCGUCAUUGCUGUCUGCUUCCUGCAGACCAAGCAACAACUCCUCAGCUACUCCCAAGAUAAGGUGCUCUGUCUGUGGGAUGUGUCCAGCCAGCUGUGCACACACCGUCUGGCCGGUGUCUUUCCAAACAUACAGGGGGACACACACCCCUUCCUGUUUCUCAAUGAGGAGCGCCAGCACCUUGUGCUUUCAUUCAACAGCCUGCUUCUCCUGCUGGAAUCCAAGAGGGAGGAGAAGAAGACCAGUAGCCAUGAACAUCCUGUUACCUGUGUGCUGUAUAACAGUCGGUUCAGACAGGUAGUCAGCAGCGACUCUGCCUCCUCUGUGAUCUUCUGGCUGACUGACACAGGACAAAAGGUCAAGCAGUUCCACCGUUGCCAUGGUGAUGCUGAGAUCUCCACCAUGGCCCUAGACGUUACGCAGACCCGACUGUUUACCGCGGGCGCCGACGGAGAGGUCAAAGUGUGGGACUUUAACGGCCGCUGCCUUCACAGAAUGAAUGCCGGCCUGGGUCGUGCUGUCAGACUCUCUCAGGUGUUGUUGCUGAAGAGAAGCAUACUGGUGAUGGGCUGGGAAAGGAAGUUAACAGUUUUCCGCCUGCAUUCCUUCAUGCAGUCUACUGUUGAGCCCUGUGAGUGGAAGGGGGGACUCCAGCAUCGCGGUGCUGUACUGUGUGCCGCGUUCCAGCCCCCACAGACUCUAGUGACAGGAAGCUACCAUGGCGAGAUCAUAGUGUGGAACAGCAGCACAGAAAAAGCUUUGAGGAAACUCCGGCCACAUGACGAAGGGGAAGACUGCAAGAAGCAGCAAGAGGACUCGGAGAGCUGCGAUGCCAUCACCAGACUGUUCUUCAUUCCAGGACGCACAUCUGUAACAACUGCAGGCGCUGCAGAUUUGGUGUCCUGCGGGGGUUCAGGUACGGUCAGGCUCUGGAGCACCCAGCACGCCCGUCUGGUAGGACAGUUCACGGCCCACGAAGGGGACCUGGGAUCUAUUGUAAUAGCUGUCAGUCCCUGUGGAGAAUAUUUAACCACAGCUGACAGGGAAGGGACAGUCAAGAUAUGGGACGUGAAGUAUUAUUGCCUCACACCAGGUGAAGGAGUCAACAAAGAACUCCCAAAACUGCUAUCUAGUUUCCAUCCACACCUCGACCACGUGACUCACCUGGAGAUGUGUUUACAUGGCGAUAAGCUCCUCCUCCUCUCGGCAUCGUCAGACUGCAGUCUGGCUCUCAGUUACCUGCCUGGAGAGACCGUCGGUUUUUUCGGACAGAGUGAUCCUUGGUGUUUGGAGAGACCUGGAACGCAACAGCCGCAACAGGAAGCGGAGCAGGACCAGAGUGACCGAGGAAGGCAAGAAAACACCGGACUAGAGAUCACCUCUGGCAAGCAGCGAGACUAAUGUUAACCAAGGACACGACUCUCCUGCAGAGCGAGGACAACUGGGGAUAAAGGAUCAGAAAAAGGCCAAAAGAGACAAAAGAGAAACUAAAGUGGUUGCAAGAGGAACUUUAUUUAGCUGAUUUGAGUUCUACAU